CCAAGCUGGAGGCAGAGCUCAAGCAACAUGAGCAGGUGCAUGUCCAUGAACUCAAGAAAGCUCAGCGGCAAGCUGCCAUCUGAAGAUGUUCCUGAAACGAGCGAGCACGACAAGCCGGAGGAUGACGGCGAGAUCGUCCAUUUCAGCCACCCGGAGCACCGGCUGGCCCGGUUCGACUUCCCGUACCUGUUCAUGUGCAUGGGGUGCAAAGAGUACGGCGCCGGGAGGAGGUUCAUGUGCCAGACCUGCGGCUUCCAGCUGCACGAGUUCUGCGCGCUGGCUCCGCCGUCGCUCCACGACCACCCGUUCCACCCCAAGCAUCAGCACCUCCUCUUCUUCGUGAAACCAGGUGGCUUUCUUCGGUGCAAAUGCGACAUCUGCGGCAAGUCCGUGAAGGGCUUCUCCUUCCGGUGCGCGUCGUGCAGCUUCGACAUGCACCCGUGUUGCGCGGCGAUGACCCGGCGGAUGGAGCUUCCCGUGCACGAGCACCCGCUGCUCCUCGCGCCGGCGCUGGAAGGCUCGGAGACGAGCUUCGUGUGCCAGGUCUGCCGGAGGACGAAGCGGUCGGGCCACGUCUACCAGUGCCUGCCCUGCGGGUACUACCUCCACGCCAAGUGCUCCAAGGACAUGGUGAACGGGCUGUACGUGCACGGCAUCGUGCCGCCGGAGAAGAGGAACGCGCUGGCGACAGCGGCCAAGGUCACCGUGAACGCGCUGUUCGAGGUCAUCGGCGGCCUGAUCGAGGGGAUCGGGGAGGGGAUCGGCGAGGCCUUCGUCGAGAACAUUGGGAGAAGCAGAAGAAGCUUCAGAUGA